CUCGAUAUGGCAAAAGCAAACAAGUUCAGAGGAGUGAGGCAGCGCCAGUGGGGCUCCUGGGUGUCAGAAAUUCGCCAUCCAUUACUGAAGAGACGUGUAUGGCUAGGGACUUUUGAGACGGUGGAGGCAGCUGCCAGGGCGUACGACCAAGCAGCCAUCUUGAUGAAUGGUCAAAACGCCAAGACUAAUUUCCCCACGUCAAUGUAUCAACCCCGAGACAACACUACUUCUUCAUCUCCUAUGGCUCUUUCAGGCCUCCUCAGCGCGAAGCUGAAGAAGUGUUGCAAGUCUCUAUCUCCCUCCCUCACUUGUCUCAGGCUUGACGCCGACAUUUCUCACAUUGGCGUCUGGCAGAAAGGAGCGGGUCCACAUUCUGACUCUAACUGGGUCGUCAGGGUGGAGCUCGGCAAUAAAGAUCGGGCCAACACCGGCGAGUUCGAUUCGUCAGUGAGGUCGGUGCCGGAGACUGGCGCCCAGGCAGGUAAUCUGGUGGUGGAUGAAGAAGACAGGGUCGCAAUACAGAUGAUCGAAGAGCUGCUUAACUGGAACCACCCUUGCUCUUCAAGCAGCGCUUCCCAGGAACAGCAAGCUUAAGCUAGCCAGCCUUGCAUAGUUGCAUAUCAGAGUUCUUCAUAUGUUACCCGUUUCAUGCAAUCCUUUUCCAUAGAUUAAGGCUAAGCUGAAAGGGAAAAAAAGUCAAGGGACUCAUUAUAUAAUAAUUAAGCCGAAGUGUUAUUUAGUGCUUGAUUGAUUAUAUUGUCUGCAGUGUGAUGACAGUAUAUCUGGAAGCAUCUCUGUAUAUAGAUGAUGCACGACAACUUAAUUAAGCUGUCAUCGAUAUAGGUUUAAUUUGAUUUCUAUCAUUUGGCU